UAACUGUAUGAUCUUCUAGGAAAUACCCACUCAUCUAAUAACAAAGUCUAACUGGUCACAGGAUUGCUUCUUCCCCUUGUGCAGGAAGCAAGUCUAUGGCUGAAGGCAGGAACAACACAAGUGUGACAAAAUUCAUCCUCCUGGGAUUUUCAGAUCAUCCUCGAAUGAAGAUUUUCCUUUUUGUUUUAUUUCUGGGGAUUUAUCUCCUGACACUAGCCUGGAACCUGAGCCUCAUCGCCCUCAUCAGGAUGGACUCUCACCUGCACAUGCCCAUGUACUUCUUCCUCAGUAACCUGUCCUUCCUGGAUAUCUGCUAUGUGUCCUCCACAACACCCAAGAUGCUCUCUGACAUCAUCACAGAGCAGAAAACCAUUUCCUUUGUUGGCUGUGCCACGCAGUACUUUGUCUUCUGUGGAAUGGGGUUGACAGAAUGCUUUCUUUUGGCAGCCAUGGCGUACGACCGGUAUGCUGCAAUCUGCAACCCAUUGCUCUACACAGCCCUCAUAUCCCAUUCACUUUGUUUGAAGAUGGUGGCUGGGGCCUAUGCAGGUGGAUUCCUCAGUGCUUUGGUAGAAACCUACUCUGUCUAUCAGCAUGAUUUCUGUGGGCCCAACACGAUCAACCACUUCUUCUGUGACCUUCCUCCGGUCCUGGUUCUGUCAUGCUCUGAUACCUUCACCAGCCAGGUGGUGAACUUCCUCGUGGGUGCUGUUGUUGGGGUGGCAUCUGUCCUUGUGAUCCUCAUCUCCUAUGGUUACAUUGUUGCUGCUGUGCUGAGUAUCAGCUCAGCUAAAGGUAGGACCAAGGCCUUCAGUACCUGCGCCUCUCACCUGACCGCUGUGACCCUCUUCUGCGGUUCGGGUCUCUUUGUGUACAUGCGACCUAGUUCCAGCUACUCCCUGGACCAGGACAAGGUGGCAUCCAUAUUCUAUGCUCUGGUGAUCCCGAUGGUGAAUCCCAUCGUCUACAGUCUGAGGAAUACGGAGAUUAAAGAUGCCAUGAGGAAAGGUGUGAAAAGGGAUUGUUUGCUUUCUCGUGGGCAUUGAUUUUUCUGACCCUGGUAUAAUGGUUACGGUGAAGCUGUGAGCUGGGUCACUUGUUCAGCCUUCC